AGUAUAUUACAUUCAUAACUUGUUUAUGAGUGGUGUAGCUCAACAUGCAAUAAAGGCACUUAUUAAUUUGAAGUCUUUCUGGGAAAUAAACGGUGAAAUUUUAAAGCUAGGAACUAUAAAAGUGUGGGUGGGAAGGAUUUAAAUGUAACACCGAGUCCAGGUAAGGCAUGGAGAUGAAAUGUGGCUUCUAUACAGGACAAUCUUGAUUUCUAAUGUAGUUUAGACUUGUAGGAGAGAAGGACGCUCAGUGGUGAUGGACAGUCGUGUUGAAUGAGUUGUCCUUCGUGACACUGAUGGCGGACAGUAGUGAGUGGCAGUGUGUACGGCGCGGCAAAGGAAGAGCCCGCAAAGCGAAACUUCCUCAAUCCGAAAAGCAACAAACCCACGAGUGCCUGGACCGAGAGAGGGAUAAAUACAGAAUAACCGAGGCGAUCAAUGAGCUGAGGUGUGAAGACUUCUGGCCAGAAUGGAAAGAGAUCUUGUCUGGCUGCCUGAGAGAGACUGUAGGUGGAACAGUUGAAACAAGUGAUUGCUUUAUGGAAUGUGUAUGUUAUGGCCUGGGCAACUUCUCCUCCUGUGUAUCUGCUAGAUAUCAGCUUGCCAUGUUGCUGCUGCUGUUGGAUGCAUUGCAGAUUCCUGUGUGCCAGUGUAGCCUGUAUGACCCAGUGUUUACAGUAUCCGAAUAUGAAACUCUUAGAGAGUUGGGAUUUACUGUGCUGACUGAAAAUGAGGAAGGGAAGCGAGCAGUAUGCCGGCCCACCCUCUUCUACUUGAUGCAUUGUGGAAAAGCUCUGUACAACAACUUGCUGUGGAAAAAUUGGAGUCCUAAAAUCCUGCCAAAGGUCUUCCUCAUUGGCAACAGUUUUCUUGGCAUUCAGGAGAGGACACUUCAGAGGGAACUUGAAAGCGACUACAGAUAUCUUUCACAUAUAACAACUGUAUGUGAGGAGACAUGCCUGCCCAGCUCACAGCGUUUCCUCGACGUGUUUAAUGAUACCGCCCUAAUCCGGUUCCUCCCACACAAGCUUCAUAAACUCCCGGAACCAAUCUGGGAUGAGCCUUCAGAGCCCCAGUAUGAACACUGCCCAGAUCUGGAGAUCAUCCAGAGAGCCAGAGAACCAAAAUAAAGACAAUUAGUGUGCUUAAACGUA